UGGUGACCACGCCCCAAGGCCCAGCUUGUUGGGGGACUUUGAAAGCGGCUAGAGGGCUGCACAGUCCGGGUGAGCACCGGGCAGUGGUUCCCUUGAGACGCUCGUGCGGCCUGUUCUGCGGCCCUGCUGGGGAGGACUCGAUCCCGCUUCGGAACUAAUAGGAAGACGUGAUUUCCAAAGCCAAUUAUGAAAACAUUUGUCGUUGGAAUUGGUGGUGUGACAAAUGGCGGGAAGACAACACUGGCUAAGAAGUUGCAGAAACACCUUCCCAAUUGCAGCCUAAUAUCUCAGGACGACUUUUUCAAGCCAGAGUCUGAGAUAGACACAGAUGAAAAUGGAUUUUUGCGGUAUGAUGUGCUUGAAGCACUUAACAUGGAAGAAAUGAUGUCAGCUGUUUUGCGGUGGAUGGAAAACCCAGGGCACUCUGAGGGACCCACAGCUUUGGAAAGCGCUCAAGGGGUUCCCAUUUUAAUCAUUGAGGGGUUCCUUCUCUUUAAUUAUAAGCCACUGGACACCAUAUGGAACAGAAGUUACUUCCUGACCGUUCCGUAUGAAGAGUGUAAGAGGAGGCGGAGUACAAGGGUAUAUGAGCCACCUGACCCUCCAGGGUACUUUGACGGCCACGUGUGGCCCAUGUACUUAAAGCACAGACAAGAAAUGAACACCAUCACGUGGGAGAUCAUUUACCUAGAUGGAACAAGAUCUGAAGAGGACCUCUUUUCUCAAGUGUAUGAAGAUGUCAAGCAAGAAUUAAAGAAGCAAAAUGGUUUGUGAGUAGCAGCACACAAAUGGAAUGCAGCAAGUCCUUCUAGGAUGGAUUAAGAAACUUGAAGGACAGCAAACCCUACCUCGGGGAAAAAGAAACAUGAAGGGAUGUGUUGACGAACAUUGACUGGGAUGCAGUGUGUCCUGCAGGACAGUGACGGCUGUCUUGUGUCUUUGUUCAUUUUUAUCAUACUUUUCCCAAUCUGUAGAGCAAUGUGUGCCCAUGCCAGGGUUCCUCUAUAAGAAUGGAGGUCAGGUUUUCCUGACGAGGACCUAGCCAGAGAGAAAGAUUUCUGGCUAGUCCACCAGUAUUAUGUUGUGUGUUUCUGCAUUUGUGUGUAUAGUUGUUGUGUCCUCGUUAUUAUCUAUAUUUCUGUUGUAUACACACACUCAAACACUGUGAAAGGAGCCUUGUAUGCUACACAGCAUUUUUUGUGUUUGUGUUGCUUAUAAUAUAUAAUUUGAAAAAUGCUGCUGUUUGCAAUCUCAUAGCAAUGUCCCCCACCUGCAGUCAGCAGCGUUACUCAAAAUAUUGUUCUGACAUUGACCGAGUCAGCAGUUUACUGCAGCAUCUGGAGACUGUCCUUUGUAGUAGCAGGUUUUCUUCUGCUUGACCAAUACCUGUGUGUCUCUGUGAAGAGACUUUUAUAUCCAUAGAAGGAUUCAGUAUGUUUUACUUGGUUUUUUGAAAAUAGUACUCUGAAUUACAAAAUCAUAGUUUUCUUCAAUCAUAUGUAAAACCAGGGCCUUUCUCUGAAAGGCACGGGCAGGGGAUAGAAAUUCUUUCAAUGCUGGGAUUAAAAUUAUGUAUAUAUGUAGACCACUCCUAAUUCAGAUAUCAAAUUUGUUUAUUAAUAAUAAAAAUAGAUUCAGACCAGCCUGGUCUACAAGAGCUAGUUCCGGGACAGGCUCCAAAACCACAGAGAAACCCUGUCUCGAAAAACCAAAAAAUAAUAAUAAUAAUAAUAACAAUAAUAAUAAUAAAAAUAGAUUCCCCACAGUCUUCUCAGUUCAUAUAAUAUAUACUCUUUUUUAAUUAAUUAAUUAAUUUAUUUAAAAUUUCCACCUCCUCCUAUCCUCCCAUUUCCCUCCCACUUCCCCUCACUCCCCCUCUUUCUCGCUCUCCAGUCCUAAUAUUGCCUCACUUGGUCAGUUGUCAUUACUUCAUUAUUUCUAACAUCCAUUGAUAAGUAGUGAGUGUUUUGGUUGUACACAAUAUAAAAAAUACAAAACAUAAACAGAACCUAGGCUCAAAUCAGCAGCUACAUACAUGUAUUUGGCCAAGCUGUUUAAAGUCCUGAUUUUAAUUAUUCUUGAUUAAAGGGUAAGUUUCAAAAUCCCCCUGUGGCAGCAAUGACCCAGGGAGGAUCCUUUCAGCUACUGUUGUAGUCAGCAGAUAGCAGCUGCACACAUGGAAGAGCUCACACUGACAGAGUGUGACCAUUAAAAUCUGUCAAUCAACUAUAGCUGCUGCUGGAAAAACAGCAGGAGGAAAGGGUUUUGCUUUGUGUCCCUAGGGUUUGCUGGCCAGGAGCCUGCAGCAAACAUGGCCUCCCCCAGGGUCCAGAUUGUUGUAGGAGGCCACUUGUUCAUCCUGGCCGUCCAGUACCUAAAUAACCACACAGAAACUGUAUUAAUUAAAUCACUGCUUGGCCUAUUAGCAGCUCUAAUUUCUUAUUGGCUAACUCUUACAUCUUAAUUUAACCCAUUUCCAUUAUUCUGUGUAUUGCCACAAGAUUGUGGCUUACCGAGUAAAGUUCCAGCGUCUGUCUCCUGCGGGGCUACAUGGCUUCUCUCUGACUCUGCCACCUUUUCCCCAGCAUUCAGUUUAGCGGGAGGAGACAGGAACUCAGAAGCAUUCAUUCUGAGCAUGCAGUCUGUGGUUUCAUAGAAAGAGAUUCAGUCAGGAUUCGUAGAGAGAGGAUCACCCCUUCGGUCUGAGCAUUGGUAGAGAUAAGAACUCUCUAGUGGCCGGAUGUUCUGCUUCUCUGAUCCUUCGGCAUUAACCCCUAUAUCUGACUCUGAGUUUUUAUUAUUAAGAACUAUUAGAAUUUGUGCCACACCAAUCAGAAGUGCUCCAGACAGAGCCUUGAUAUGGCUCAGUGUUAGAGAACUUGCCUAGCAUACACCGUCCCCAGCCCUAGUGAUCAAUAAGCCAGUCAAUUAAUGUGCCACAAACUGCAACUCUGUGAUUUUGCACUUCCAAACAUUUUCCCAUCAGUUAUCUAGUGGAUUUUCUUUCUACCUCUUGGAUGCUCUCCAUAUUACAGGACAGUCUCUUGGGGAAAAAAAGGAGAGUCCAGGGUUUUUGAGUCUAGCAUUUUAAAAUAUGGCUUGCCUUUUUAAACACAAUCUAUCCUGCAUUAGUUUGAUGAUUAUAUGGCUUUUCUUAACACUUCAAAGUGACCAUGAAGAAAUCAUCUGACAGGUAAAUCACAGUGAUGUUGUUUCAAUGUUUUUUACAGAGUCAAACCUGUUGACGGUUUUCUUUGUCGCACAAGCAUACAGACACCUACGCAGAACCUGAAAAUUGGCAAUGAUGGCCUUUACUGAGUAUUUUCUUACCAGCGUUUAACUGUGUCUACACCCAGUGUUGAAUGCUGGUAAGAAAAGGUGCUGCCUGAAGGGGCUGCCAGGAAGCCACACUGAAGGUCAGGGUAAGGUCAGGUGUUCGAGGCCAGCCUGAGUUCGAGGUCAGCCUUGGGUAAAACUCUCAGAAACAAAAUUCAACAACAAAAAAUAAAAAUAAACAAGCAAAAAAUUUCCGUUUUGGUUGUUGACAGUGCCUGUAAUCCCAGCAUUUAGAAGGCUGAUGCAGAAUUGUCAGUUCCGGACAAGCCUGGACUGUGGAGUGAUACCCUUCCUACCCCAGAAAGACUGAAAAAGGAAGGGCAGGAGGGAGGAACUGUCCUGUCCUGUAAAGCCUUUCCUGAGUAGACUAGUUUAGCUCUUGUAAGCUGGAUGUUAACCUGUAUAGACUUCACCAGGUUUUCUCUCCCCAGCCCAACUGGCACUUGGGUCUAGAGAGGUCUUCUAUGGGUGGUGUUGUACCCACUGAAGAGACUUAGGGCCGUCUAUCUUCUUGUGUGCUCCCAACCCCACCCUGAGUGGUAACUCUAACACACUUGCUGUUGCCAGUGUCCCCUGGGGACAAAAAUCUUUCCCCAGUUGAGAACAGCUGAUAGUGAAACAAAAUAAAUCUGGCUGGCGGAGAUGCAAAUCUUUUUUUUGACAGAGACAAUAACCCUACAGCCUUCAGUUUAUUGUUCUAUACAGGCACCAGAUUUAUAUCAAAGCGAUGUUAUUCCAAUACUUUUCUUACAGACUCCACAAAUACUGUCUAUAACUCUCUUCGAGCCAGCCUUACUAUCUUGCCAGCUUAUUCAUUUCUUAAAUGAAUCUUCGAGACAUGUUUACUUUAUAUUCGACAAGUCAUAUUUUAAUGAUAUGAGAGGUAACAUACAUUAUUUAAUAUUUAAACAACCAUAUAAUUAUGAGACUGUAGAUGGUACAGUAACUACCCAAAGUCAUGCUUCCAGCAUUCAUGGGAGACAGAUUGGGAACCCAGCUUUUAUGGUUCAAGUAGUGACACUCUUAACCACUGUGCGUGCUGUCCUGUCUUGCAAGGCCAAGCCAGUCCCCAGACUCUGUGACCCAGGCUGGUGGUUUAACUAAGAAUGGCCCUGAUAUGUUCAUACAUUUGAAUGCUUAGUCACCAGGGAGUGUAUGGAAGGAUUAGUAGGAUUAACUGGUAUGGCCUUGUUGGAGGAAAUGUGUCACUGGGGGUGGGCUUUGAGGUUUCAAAGGCCCCAGAAAGGCCCAGUCUCUCUCCUCACUACUCUCUCUUUCUCCCAACCCCCCCCCCCCCCACACACACACCUGCAGACCAGGAUACAGUAGCUCUCAGCAACCACUCCAGUGCCGGGCAUGCCUGCUUCCAUGCUCUCUGCCAUGAUAUUAAUGGACUAAGUCUCUGAAAUUGUAGUCAAGCCCCCAAUUAAAUGCUUUCUCUCAUAAGAGUUCCCUUGGUCAUGGUCUCUUCACAGCAACAGAACAGUGACUAAGACACCCAGCUUCCUGAACCCAUCUUUCAAUUACACCGGCACCAUCCUUCGCCACCCAUUUUGUACACUAUUAAAAAUUUCAUAGUUAAAAUCUAAGGCGAUCUCAGAGACACCUUCACACUUUUUAAAUAUUCUGUGUUUAUGUCAUAACACCACAGAAGCCACCUGAAAGUAGAGUUAACAUUUAUAUAGGAUUAGCUCAGAUUAUUGUUAGUGUUUACAGUAAAUCACAGAUCACACGGAGAAGCAAUGUUUACUUGCUACAAUUGAAAACCGUGAUUUGCUUCCGGAUGAAAUGGGAAGUUAGAAGAUUAACUAGCCAGCUGGAGUCAUCAGUAGGACGAUGUACACCGCCUGGAAAUUAUGUUUAUGAAAUGCGUAUAGGAAAUGAGUAGAAAUUGCAUUUAACUUUGGAACUUGAGCACGCUCGUGUUGUUUACCUCCCUAAGCCUAAAGAAACCGAGCUUCGCACAAGAUUGAAAUUAUCCUACGGUGCCUGACGAAAUUGAUUACGGUUGAUAUAAAGUGUCAUCAAAUGCCUGGCCCCUGGUGUGUGCUUGCUAUUAUUAGACCCAUCUUUCAACCCCAAUCCUCUUGACUCCGUCCUACAGACCUAAAACUGUUCUCACGAUCAAACAGCAUGUUAUGAAAUCAUCUGGGAACGUCUAAGAGGCCCAGCAAAUGCUAAAGCCGUUAAAAGUUUAUUAGACAGAUCUAAGCCUGUCACUAUGGUUAGAGGUGAGUCACUCAUAACUCUUGGGGUUUUUAAAAUUAUGAUUCUUCCCCCUUCAAAGCUUCUCUUUAUACUCGUUUUAAUCGGUUUCAUUCUGUAAAAUCUGAAUGGUGGGGUGAACCGUGUAUUUCUCUGGGACGUGAGACGAUGUGAGAGUGGUCCUCGGCCUUUUAAGGGAUUAUUUGACCUGUGAGUUCUAUUGCGUUCUCUCCCUCCCACCACUCAAGGGAAUCUUAACCCAGUCACAUUGUUCUAUCAGGCUGCUUCCACCGUGUGCUCUUGAACUACCCAUUCUGGGAAAAAAAACAAAAACAAAAAACAAAACAAAAAUUCGCUCUAUCCUGCACAAAAGGCUAUCUGGCAAAGUAGCAGGACCACCAACAUGAAAAAGAGCCAGUGCCAGUUCAUCACCUGGAAGGCUGAGCCAUCUUGCCAAGGGGCCCUCCAGCCCUAAUCAAAACUUUAAAUCAGAAGCCCAUAUGACGUCAGAGACCCUGAAGUAGAAUCAACAACAUGGCCACUCCUAAAAUCCCGACCCUGCCCACUCCACCUCUACAAGCUGACUAGGUAUGGGUGGCUAAGCUUUGGGUAAUUGCCACACACCUAUCUAACAACACGACCUACUCCAGAUUGCUGGCUGAGGCUGCUUUGAGUUCUUGCCUCCCCCAGCCAAAGAAAUUCUGGAGAACUUACGAACAGUAUUCAAAUUACUGGAAAUGGGUCUUGGUUAUCAAUAUAGUUCAAAAGCCCCACAGUUGAUAAUAAUAUGGCGUUAGCUGCAAACCUCUGCUUCAGUUGGGAUUGUAGAGAUUUACCAUGUAAUUAUACGCCACAAUUCAUUAUGAGGGUCAAGACCGGCUUUCAGGGAUAGAAACAAAGUCAGUCACACUACUUCCUCGUUAGGAAACCAGUCUGUGUCCCUUCUACCUCUCCAAGAAUGAGAUAGCCAAGAAUGAUGACCUUUCUUUCAGUUUCCAUCUUAGCUUUAUUGUCCCACAUUAUGACAGAUGGAGGGGUUCCGUGUGGACAUCUCAUUGGCCACGGAACAAUUUACUACUCCCACCAUGCUCUACUGCCAAUCUCCCUAGCUGAUGACUCGGCCAUAAUUCUUUCAAGAACCAUUCAACAGCAUUUUUCAAAUGUCUGUGAAGAUUCCUUUUUGUGCAGAAGAAAUAAGGGUGAUGGUGCCAUGCUUAGCUUCUGUCUGGUCCUCCUCAGCCCACACCCAGGGUGCAAAGACCCUGAGUGUCCCCAACCAAAGCUAGGAUAUGAGUAGGCAGAAGGCAGUGCAAUGUUUUCUGCCUCUCUUUCUUAUCUGUUUCAUGAACAGGCGAGCAGCUUCAUGGAAAUGAAAAUAGCAGAGGCACUGUAGCAAACUAAUACUGGUUUUUAAUCUUUUUGCAGAGAUCCUGACUGUCAAUUGGUCAAGGAAUCAAUCUGUCUAAUAUCUCAAUACCCUAGUAAUUCUUUCCAGUUCCUCUGUCUCCUAACAUACAGAAUUUUUUGGGUCCAUGCGGGCCAUGCAAAGAUGGGGGGCAGAACACCAAAGUCUAUUAAACCAGAAGGAAACUUUAUUCCAGAAAAAAAGAAAGAAAAAUCUCCAUGAGGCACACACACACAAAAAGCUUAUCAGCUGAGACCACAGCCAGAGAUGGACUUGUAUUGGUGUGGUAAUUGGGCUGUUACCAAACUCUCCUUUCUAUAGCAAGAAGCAAGCAUCAGGCAUGAACAAAAGAAGUUUUACAAUCUCAAGGUAAAACUCAGAUACAAAUUGCCUUUUUCACAAUUUCCACUAACAGCGUUUUUC